AUGCAGUUCCUCUGUCUUCACGGUGCCAUUGGCAACACCGACAAUAUCACUAUUCAGCUGGCGCCACUGUUGAAAGAGCUGAAUACCGAGGAUUCAGAAACGACCUUUCACUAUCUCAAUGGCCCUCUCCUAGUUCGUCCGCCCCCAGGAUUUGAGGCGUAUUUCGGCGUCGGACCACAUUACCGGUGGAUUGACGACGGUCAAAAGUCCGGAAGGUCCUCGAUCGACCGCGUCCGCGACCUGCCAACCAGCGAGAGCAAUGACGAUGCUGUGAGAGAGGUCUUGGGGGACAUCCGCUGUCAUAACUACGCGGAGCUGAUGGCUUAUAUCGAGGAAGUACUGAACAAGAACCCAGAGAUUGGCGGGAUGAUCGCCUACAGCGAAGGAGCUGCGGCGGCUGCCACAUAUAUCCUUGAUGAACAACGCCGGCAACGCGACGAUGGCCGGGAGCGCCAGAUAAAGUGUGCCAUGUUCGUCGGGGGCUGGCCGGCCAUGAGGCGAGACACGAAGGAGUUCAUCCUUGCAGAUGACGGUGGCGACGAAAUGAUCGACAUUCCCACGCUUCAUGUCCUAGGGGCAAAUGACCCUUUUCGGUAUGGCUCGGAAGCACUCUAUGAGACCUGUGAUCUUGACGCAGCCGAAUUUUUCGAUAUGGGGAAAGGCCAUACCCUUCCACGGUCGGGUUUGGUGACUCUCAGUGCCCAGCUAGGGCCGUUGCAAAAGAACCUGGCGGCCGACGAUACCGCUUCAUUUUAUUGCGUGAAUGCGCCACAUGCUGCGAUAGCCCCUCCAGGACAGAUAGAAUACUUUGGUCCUCCGCCCCAUUACCGCUGGCUUGACUACCCCGGAGUUACCGAAGGCGCCCUCUUCACAACCGUCCGCGGGGCGCGAAACACCUCCCAUACUACUCCAGAAGAGGCGCUUCGAUCGGUGAUAUCUAAUGACAUUGCUUGGACAAACUAUUAUGACCUGAUGAAAUACAUCGAUGAGACGUUAGAAAAGAAUCCUGAUAUCGAUGGCCUCGUGGGAUACAGUGAAGGGGCAAGUAUCGCGGCAGCAUAUAUCUUGCGCGAACAGCAGAGGGAGCAGGAGACAGGCCGUACGCGGCGGAUUAAAUGCGCUGUUUUCUUGGCCGGUAUUCCCCCAGUAAAUUCCGAACGAGGGUUUAUAUUCGCCGAUGAGCGAGAAGACAUGAUUGAUCUUCCGACUGUCCAUGUCGUUGGUGCUAAUGACCCAUACAGGUUUGGCGCAGACUGCCUAUACAAUAUCUGCGACCCUGAUGCCGCUUACUUCUUUGAUACUGGCAAGGGACAUACUAUUCCUCGUGGAGGGCCAGUCAUCGAUGAGUUGGGAGACACGAUUCGGGAAUUGAUUCAGAGGACCAGGGAGGGGUUAUGA